AUGGUGAACAAGUCGAAUGGUCGUGGAAGUUUGCGGCCCCAGCAGCGCCCGACCAUGAUUUCCCGGUUCUCUACACAUGUUGGAGCCACCCUUUGGAUAUGGGUCUGCUCGCUGUUCUCAUUCGUCUUGUAUUUGUUCAGAAGACAGUAUCGAACGGUGAGUUUUUGGAUAUUACACUUGAUAUCUCGAGAGAUUUUUUUAUAAUCUAUCUCAUAUCGGCUCUGUUUUCAUCUUUUUGGUUUUUUUUGAAGCUAAUAGGUCCGAAGACGUCUGGAUAUGUUUUUAUUUUUAUUGUCAUCCAUUUUGAAGACGUGGGUCUCUUUUUUCUCUCAUCUUCUCUAUGGAUAAUAUUGUUUGUUAGAUUGCUGGCCUUUUGGAAAUAAUUGUUUUGCAUCUUCUUCUUCCAUCAAAACGCAUUCGGGAAUUUUUUUUUCUGGUUCGACCUUUGAAUUUUCGGCGAUAUUUGGAGUCUUGAGCCCCUUCUUUUUAUCUGACAUUUUCACUGAUAAGAUAGUAUUUUAAUUUAUCGAAGAGGACCUCCAAGUUGUAGAUUUUGUGUUUUUGAUUGUGUAUUACUUUAUCAUUGCAGAUUCGAAAACAUCAGGCAGUCAAGUAUGACAUAGUACCACUUUCUCCUCUUACCAUGCAGAGGCUAAGUAAGUUGAUAUUUGAAUCUUGGAUUUCUUGAAAUUUAGGUAUGGUAAAGAGGAAAAUUAUGGUGCUCGACCUUGAUGAGACUCUAAUACACUCACAUCAUGAUGGGGUCCUUCGUCCGACCGUCAAGCCGGGAACACCACCUGAUUUUGUUCUGAGAGUAUGAUAACCGCGAUUUUUUUAUGAUUUUUUUGCUAUUGAUCGAAAUAUUUGGAUGAAUAUGUGCCCGAAACUGCUUUAAAAUAUCUUUAUAUAUUUUAGGUUGUAAUUGACCGCCAGCCAGUUCGAUUCUUUGUCCAUCUCCGGCCUCAUGUCGACUUUUUCCUUACUGUUGUCUCACAAUGGUAUGAUCUCGUGGUUUUCACGGCCAGUAUGGAAGUUUAUGGAACAUCGGUAGCUGACAAGUUGGACAGGGGGCGUGGAUGGUUGAACCGACGCUAUUUCCGCCAACAUUGUACUGUUGAUUACAGUGGGUACACCAAAGAUUUAUUGGCCAUUCAUAAUGAUUUGGCUUCUGUUUUUAUCUUGGAUAACUCGCCAGCUGCCUAUAGGAACUAUCCUCGUGAGUUUUUGGUGAUUUUUUUUCUUCAUUUUAGGAGGAAAUGUUUAUUUUUUUCAAGUGUAAUGUCGAGGCCAAGUGCAAUAUCUAUUUUUUUGUAGACAACGCGAUCCCAAUCAAGUCGUGGUUCUCGGAUCCCACCGACACCUGCCUUCUCAACCUCCUGCCCUUCCUUGAUGCUCUUAGGUUCACGUCCGACGUGAGAUCCAUCCUCUCUCGCAACCAGCACCGCCAAUUCGGCAACCCUAUGAACCAAAACCCCCUCAGGUCCAGCCUCAUGAAGUACGGUAACUAUGGAUAGACCUGAUCAACUUGCAACUAUUUCGUUAGAGGUUUUUUUAUUGUCCAUUUGUACAUCCUUCAGCUGGUGUAAUAGUAAUAUCACUCUAGUAAAAGUAAUGACCCCUUUAAAUGUAUAUUACAUUUUCUCUUUUCACUUGUUUUGUUGGGUAUUACUAUUAUUAACGACUGAAAUAUAUCUUCGAACUGAACGUUUUUAAAGGGUUCCCCGAGAUUCUGCUCGAAAUUGUGACAUGCCACCAGGUCUAGUGUUCGUCUGA